AGCCAAUCAGGGGAGAGUUUUACUGCGCUAGGGCAGCCAAUCAGAGAGCGGAAUAAUCAAGUGACAUUCUCCCUUUUUCUUCCUGUCUGUCGGUGUAGAUCUACUUCGUAAUGUCUGCGGCUCCGUGCUUGGCUUCUGCCUCCGGGCCUGUUCCCGGCAUGUCCAUGUUCCGUUGGCUGGAAGUGCUGGAGAAAGAAUUUGAUAAGGCGUUUGUGGAUGUUGACUUGUUGCUAGGGGAGAUAGACCCGGACCAGGCAGAUAUCACAUAUGAGGGUCGACAGAAAAUGACCACCCUAAGCUCUUGUUUCGCACAACUUUGCCACAAAGCGCAGACGGUCAGUCAGAUCAACCACAAGUUGGAGGCACAGCUGUUGGACAUGAAGUCAGAGCUAACAGAAGUUCAAGCAGAGAAGGCAGUGCUAGAUAAGGAGGUUCAUGACCAGCUUCUGCAGUUACACGCUGUACAACUUCAGCUGCACUCAAAGACAGGCCAGAAUGUCGACUCUGGAGCCAUCAAGGCUAAACUGUCUGUACCUUCUGUGGAGGCAAUGGAAAAAGAACUUGAGGCAAACAAAAAAGAAAAGGUGAAGGAAGCUCAGCUAGAAGCAGAAGUGAAAUUACUUCGAAAGGAAAAUGAAGCUCUUCGUCGGCACAUUGCAGUUCUGCAGGCAGAAGUGUAUGGAGCACGACUGGCUGCCAAGUACCUAGAUAAGGAACUAGCUGGAAGAGUCCAGCAGAUUCAGUUGCUUGGUAGGGACAUGAAGGGCCCUGCUCACGACAAACUAUGGAAUCAGCUUGAAGCUGAAAUUCACCUGCAUCGGCACAAGACUGUUAUUCGAGCCUGUCGGGGGCGGAAUGAUUUGAAGCGGCCAUUGCCAGCACCUCCAGGACACCAGGACCCAGAAUGCUUAAAGAAAAGCCAAGGAGUUGGCCCAAUCAGAAAAGUUAUUCUGGCUAAAGAAGACCAUGAAGGACUUGGCAUAUCAAUCACGGGUGGUAAAGAGCACGGUGUUCCAAUACUUAUCUCUGAAAUCCAUCCAGCUCAGCCAGCAGACCGUUGUGGUGGACUGCAUGUUGGGGACGCAAUUUUAGCUGUAAAUGGAAUUAAUCUUAGAGACGCCAAGCACAAAGAAGCCGUUACAAUUCUCUCUCAGCAGAGAGGAGAAAUUGAGUUUGAGGUUGUGUAUGUCGCCCCUGAAAUAGAUUCUGACGAUGAAAACGUAGAGUAUGAAGAUGAGAGUGGGCAUCGUUAUCGCUUGUAUCUUGAUGAAUUAGAAGAUGGAGGUGCUAACCCUGGGGUUAGUACUAAAGAUGCAGAUACCAAACCACUGCAAGCAUUUGAACAGAAGCUGCACAUUGAUGAAAAUGAAAACGGAGACCUAGAAACAACCAGUGAAUCACUUUCAGGAGGGGACACUGCUUCCAACCAAGCAUAUUCCACUGAAUCCUUGUCAUAAAGUUUGCCUUGGGAGUCUUUUGGCAGAAGACAAGCAUAUUCCCUGGAACAAGGGUGACGUGAGGACUAAUUACCCAGAAUCUGGGAGGCUGGUUACUGUUGCCUAACGUGUUUUCCUCAGGGUUUCACGGAGCAAUUUCAGUGUACAAACAUGUCUUUGCCAUCUAUCACUAUGAGCCAUAACAUUUACAUACUGCAUGUUUUUUUUUUUGUUUUUUUUAAAGCACCAAAGCAUGUGACUUUCCAAAUGUAACAUUUAAACCCACCAGGCUUUUUUUCUGUAAGGAACAGCUUGAUUUGCUAAGAAUAUCAAGCUUAAUAACCAGGAAAAAAGCAUGUCUCUUUCAGUAGCAGCAGAAUGCCAUAUGAUAGAACAUUUUUAUAGUAAACUAUUUAAGUAAUACUAUUUGCAUUUAUAUCUAAGCAAAGUGUCAGUCUGGCCCUGUCCACUCAUUUGAUUGUGUUCAGAUUCAUGCACUAUACGCAAUAUUCUUUUCUUUUUAAUGUGAAAUGUGCACUGUUUGGAAGCCGUUUUCAUCUUCCAUUUGUUUUCCCUUAAAAUAGAUCCUUCUCUUAUAUGCAUAAGAAGGAGCUGACACGCAGGCCCAUACAUAACCUUAGUGAUCCUGCUGUCUUUCAUGGUAGAUUUACAAGUUAACCCAUUGCCCAAGCAAAAAAUGUUGCUGCUAAUGCAUAACAACAGGAAAGCACGGGCUUGCACUUUGCAUUCUAGUAAAGGGCUAAAUAAUAUAUUUUAAAUAAUAUUUAAAAUAAUAUGCUUCCCCCUUUUCUGUGUUUACAUAUAAGCAGAUUGGCUAGGGGUCUAAAAUAUUAACUAAUUCAAACUAAAGAGGUGCAGAACCCCUCAGAGAAAACUGACUAAAUGCAGAUAGUUUUAGAUUCCUGUCAAUAUGAGAGGCAAUUUAACAGCUAUAAUUCUUAAACAAAAGCUGAAACAUCUCUGCACCAAUAUGGUUUACUCUCUAUUUAUUUUAAGAACAGAAAUGAAAGCACAACAGAGCAAUUUUUGUCUAAAUACAGCCCAAAGUGUAUUUCCAUGAAUACAUAGCAGAUAGUGCAGUGCACAUCUGUAGCUUUUACACUUUGUUCCCUUUAGUGUAACACAGCAAUAUUGUUACUCCUGCCACCAUGUCAGGCCUGUUUAGCAGAUGAGAAAGGGCUUGUUCCCACAGGGAAAGUGACGGGAAAUGACUGCAUUGCAAAUGUAGAUAAAGUGAACAAGUCCGUUAUAGUAAUGUCACAGUCGCUAUAUGCAGUGUGAUGUGAAACAGGUCUGUGGUCCUACCUACUGCACUAUAUAUAUAUUUGUAUAUGUACAUACUGUACUUGCUAAAUUACUAUUUAUACAUAUUUAGUUAUUUUUUUUUCUGUAAUGCCAUAAUUGUGGUGUCAAUCUAUUUUCUUAAUACAGUGUAUGGCUAUUUUCAUAUCCACAUAUUAUAUCAUUUAACUAUGAGUUUACCUAUGCACUGCAUUCAAAUUGCUGAUUUCUUUUUUUUUUUCCUCUGCAUCUCCUCUGUGGAAAGAAUACAAAACCAUUACUUUCAAGUACAACCACUAAGGCUUCACUGCCUUUGGCUUUUCCUGGCAGUAAACAGCAGCCAUUUUCAAUUUAUUUUAUUCUUCUUAUUGGGGCUAAUUAUAUGGUGGAGAUUGUACACAAUCAGCAGGGUCUUACCUUAACAUAGAAUCUAUAUCAUUGGUGUGGAAAUGGUAAAGUAGUUGUACCCUUUGGCAUGCAGUGAUGGGUAACCACUGAUAUGCAGAAACAGAAAAUGUGAGGUUUUUUAGUACACGGUUCUACCCUUCUGCCAUAGUUAUUAAUAG